AUGUUUAGAAGAUCAUUACAAACUUAUCUCCCAAAAAGACUUUAUCAUUUCAAAACAUUACCAACUCCAAACCCAAAUGCUUUAAAAUUUAUAUCAGAAGAGUGUAAUAUUUUACCAAUGGAAGAUAAAACGUUCGAGUUUACCACCACAAUGCAAGCAAUGCAUUCACCAUUAGCUUUAAUGCUUUUCAAAAUUCCAGGAGUCAAUUCAGUAAUGUUGGGUCAUGACUUCCUCACUGUUAAUAAACAAGACUAUAUAAAUUGGGCUAACUUGAGACCAGAGAUUGUGGAACAUCUUGAUGAAUUUCUAACUUCUAAAAAGCAACCAGUGAUAACAAAAGAAUUAAUAGAUAAGGCAAAUGAAGAAUCGGAAAUGGACGAUUCUGAAUUGAUGUCAAUGAUCAAGGAGUUGAUUGAAACUAGGAUAAGACCAGCUAUUCAAGAUGAUGGUGGUGAUAUAGAACUCAAAGGAUUUGAUGAAGAAACAGGUACUGUAUUCGUCAAACUACAAGGUGCAUGUAAAUCAUGUAGUGCAAGCGAGGAUACUUUGAAAAGUGGUAUUGAAGGUAUGUUGAUGCACUACAUAGAAGAAGUUAAGGAAGUUGUACAAGUUUUAGACCCAGAAGAGGAAAUUGCUAUGAAAGAAUUUGAAAGAUUAGAGCAAAAGUUAAAGAAGAAUGGUAGUCAAGAAGACCAAGCACCACCAAAUUUAUAG